CGUUCUCAUAUUCUGUUGGAAAAACCCAAAACCCUUCAUCGCCGAGAAGACCUUUUCCCACCCACCCACCCAGCUCGUCGCCUCUCUCUCUCUUCUCCCUCGACUCCCCCUCGCCGUCCGACCUCACUGAGUUCCUCACUCUCAUCGAGUCAUCGCCGUGCCACUGCCCAUCGAGUCAUCGACGUCGGUCCCAUCCCCUUGGUCCCUGAACUUAUUUUCUGGGAAAAGAUAUUCAUUCUUGACCUGUUUGAGUAGGGGAAAAAGAGAGGUCAACGGAGAAGGAUUCUUUGACAUCGAUCAUCUUCAUACUUUGUUUUCUCCAUUGCCCCAACGUCAAAGCCAUGGCUGAAGAAUCAGGUAUGUUUAUAGUUCCCCAAACAGUCGGAAGUGUUCUUUGUUGCAGAUGUGGCAUUCCAAUGGCACCAAAUGCUGCCAAUAUGUGCGUGAAGUGUCUGCGCUCCGAAGUCGACAUCACAGAAGGUCUUCAGAAGCAUGUAAUCAUAAUUCAUUGCCCCGAGUGUGACAGCUACUUGCAGCCACCAAGAACUUGGCUCAAAGCCCAAUUGGAAUCGAAGGAGCUGUUGACGUUCUGCGUAAAGAGGCUGAAGAAUUUGAAUAAAGUAAGAUUGGUGCAUGCAGAGUUCAUUUGGACUGAACCCCAUUCCAAGAGGAUCAAGGUCAGAUUGAAAGUUCAGAAAGAGGUUCUUAAUGGAGCAAUACUUGAACAAUCGUAUGUUGUCGAGUAUGUACAGCAAGAACAUAUGUGUGAACCCUGUUCAAGGAUUCAGGCCAAUCCGGACCAGUGGGUUGCAGCUGUGCAACUGCGCCAACAUGUUUCUCACAGGCGUACUUUCUUUUACUUGGAGCAGCUGAUUCUGAAGCACAAUGCUGCUGCCUCUGCCAUAAAGAUCAAGCAGAUGGAUCAAGGGAUCGACUUCUUUUUCUCGAACCGGAGUCAUGGUGUGAAGUUUGUGGACUUCGUUGGUAAAGUUGCUCCAGUUAGAAGUCGCAAUGACAAACAGCUUGUUUCCCAGGAUACUAAGAGCAAUAACUACAAUUACAAGUACACUUUCUCUGUUGAAAUCUGCCCGAUAUGUCGUGAGGAUUUGAUCUGUUUGCCUCCAAAGGUCGCUGCUAGUUUGGGAAAUAUAGGUCCUCUUGUGAUUUGCACCAAAGUCACCAACAGCAUUGCUUUGCUUGAUCCUUUCACCUUAAGGAUCUGUUUCUUGGAUGCUGAUCAGUAUUGGAGGGUGCCAUUCAAAUCUCUAUCCACUAGCAGGCAGCUAGUGGAGUAUAUAGUGUUAGAUGUGGAGAUUGUUUCUUCUGAAGUUAACGUUGGUGGCUCCAAGUAUUUCUUAGCUGAUGCACAAGUGGCCCGUGUAUCAGAUUUUGGGAAAAAUGAUACAAUUUUCUCCAUCAGAACACAUCUGGGCCAUCUUUUGAACCCUGGGGAUUAUGCUCUUGGUUACGACUUAUAUGGAGCUAACAGUAAUGAUGAUGAGCUAGAGAAGCACAAGGGUCUGAUCCUCCCAGAGGCAAUUCUGAUAAAGAAGAGCUACGAAGAGAAGCGCCAGAAGAAGCGCGGGAAGCCCCGUGCAUGGAAGCUUAAAUCCCUUGACAUGGAAGUUGAUGAUAGGAAGGGUAGAGUUGAGCAAGAGAAGAUGAACAGUGAGUAUGAACAGUUCUUGAAAGAUCUGGAGGAGAACCCUGAAAUGAGGUUCAAUAUAUCAUUGUACCGUAAUAGAGAUUACCAGCCAUCAGAGAUGACAUCUGUGGCUGAUGGAGAUGACUUGCCUUCUGUUCCACUGGAAGAGUUGCUUGCUGAUCUGGAACUAAGUGUAGAGGAGGAAGGUGAGAGUGAUAGCAUGAUGGAGUGAUGAGAAGCUUUUGUUCUUAAACGUAUUUUCCUUACUGUUUUUUCUUGUAUACUUCCUGUGUAUUUGGGCAUUACCUUUUUAUGUGGAUUAAUAAAACUU